AUGCAGCAGAAAACAUUGGGCCAGACCUCAGGGUGCUGGACAGUGUCCAGGCAGCUCCCACCUUAUUCACUCCAGCACUUUGGGCAAACUCUUCCCCUCUGCAAUCUUCAGUUUCCCCAUCUGGAAAAUGAUGGACUGUACCAGCUUCCUGAGCUGAGCUCCUCUGAGGAUGAGGGCUUUUCUUCCGUGACCAGACGGACGUCCCUGACAAGGGUCCUAAAGCACAGCACCCCAGAGGGAGCUGCCCCUAGCUGGCACUCAGAGCUACUGGGCGACGUCCCCUCACGCCAGGAAGGGGGCUCUGCAGGCGGGUCCCCACUGCCUGUGCGCUCCCCCUGGGACCUCCCUUCGUCCCCGGGAGAGCUCAGCCCCAAGGCCCCCCUCAGAAAGAGGCGGCUUUCCACCAUCCGGGCCUCUGAGGUGCCCAGUGGGCAGCUAGGAUCCAACUCGGACCCCUUUGCGCUGGAGGAAGAGCCACCCAUGCCAGCCUCGGUCACCCGGCGGCGGCAGCAGCAGCAGCGCAGGUCCCCCCGAGCAAGGAGAUCGCCACCAAACCCGAGAUUGCCCGGGAUCCCAAACACAGCCAGGAGGAGGCCACGGGACCUGAAGAGACUGGCUGCUGCGACAGAGCGGCUGAGGCAGUGGGAGAUCCAUCAGCUUCAGAGCAUCGAGGAGGCCACCCAGCACGAACUCACCAUCGAAGACGACUGA